GAUUCCGUGUAAUAUCGAUGAAAUAGGGGACGGCAAUACAAUGGCAAAAGCUCAACUGCCCCAUGGAAAUGAAGACAACUUAAAUAUAAAUCAAGAACUAUUUACACAUACCAGCCCGGAACAUAAUGAUUGUUAUAAUAACCUGAAUCUAUCUGCCAUAACCGGCCACGAGCGUACAGUCACCAUGCAAGUUGCUUUUGUAGGCAUAUUAUGUGCCUCCUUCCAAUGCAAUAACGUAAAUAAUCGAAUAAAAGUUUGGGCAAAAAACAAUAAUGAAGGGAAAAGUAAAAAACAUAAAGGCGGUAGAAGAGAAAUUACUUACGAAUUACCUCCCUACGCUUUCACCCAGAGCCCAGAUGAUUAUGAACAUAUAAAAGAUCCGAAUAAACUCUUAACAGUUAUGUGGAAGGACUACGCAGAUAGCACCGGAGAUUUAGAUCCUAAACUAAAUAGACCAACGAGACAUUAUCCAGCACAUCAUUAUAGACGUGAAAUUCAGCAAAAAAUAGGUUGGCAGAGAAAGGAAUCUAGGGUACAGGACAUACUACGCAAGGCCACUGUGCCCCUGCCAGAAGAUGAUUGUUCAAUGCUGCCACCGAAUUUACGGCCACGAAUAUUGGAGGCUUUCAACAAAUAUGAAGAGUGGUUGAACAUAUCUAACGCUAGGCGUUCAGCCAAUAAGGAAACUAAACAGAAUGUAACAGAUGUGAGUCCAUUAAAUAGUAUUCCAAUGGACCAAAUUAAAGAGUCGGAUUCAGAAGAAGAGGACAUUUUAGAUAAUGAACAAGAUUUAAAUUAUGAAAUCGCAGAUGAACUUGAAUAUUGGAAUGAUUUUGAGGAUUCCGAUAUCACUAAUUUCGAUGGGUAACCAGUGUUAUACAUCAUAUCGACUUGAUCGCAAGAAAUCUCAUACCAUGU